UUUAGGAAAACAUGAAACUACAUUUGGUAGCAUUUUUUACAACAUGGAUUUUUUGCUCAACUGCUACUUAUGAGAUGCACAAACACAUGACCCUAGAAGAAAUAAAAUCUACUUUUUUCGUAAAUCAUCACGAUUUGGUGCCAGAAUAUCAAGUCGUACAAAUUCAACAUGUGCAGAAAAGAAGCCUACCGGCAAUACACAACGAAAGUGACAGCGAAAACUUUAUAGAUAUAGACGAAAAAAUAGGAAAAGGUUUAAAUUAUCAAAUAAAAAAGGAAAAAACAACUAUAAAACUAAAAGCUUUUGGUCAACCAUAUAAUUUAAAACUACAACCAACAGAAGGGUUAUUCAAAAAAGGAAAACUAAAAAUUUGGACUAUUGAACCAAAUUCUACAGCACAACAUGGAGUUGAGUUUGUAGAGCUUCCAGAAACAAAUGAGGAAAUUGGAGAAUUAUAUCAAGAUGAAAAAAAUCAGGCCGCCAUUCUUCUUAGAAAUGAAGGAGAUAAAGUUGUCGUGGAAGGAAGUAUUGGCUCACAUUUAAUUAUUCGGCCUAUUCCACAAAGACUUAGCUAUAAUAAAAAUAUGAAAAAAAACUAUUCUAGUUAUGAUGAUGAAAUGUAUUUGGAUUCUGAUGGAGAAUUAAGUUCUGAGGUAUCCAUCGAUACAGGAUUGCCUAUUAAUCGUGUUAAAAAUACACAUCAUAUUAUUUUUAAAAAUAAAGAUACUAUGGAAGAGGACAAUAUGAGUGAUUAUGCUUUUAUGGAACCAGAUCAUCUAUCAAAACGAUUCAAGAGAAAUGCUAUUUUUCAUUUAAGAAAUAAAAGAGAGGCACCAUACACAAUAUAUCCUGAAAUAUUGGUAAUUGUAGAUUAUGAUGGAUAUAGGUUACACGGUGGUGAUAAUCUUCAAAUAAAACGGUACUUUGUCUCAUUUUGGAAUGGAGUAGAUUUGCGAUAUAAAUUACUUAAAGGUCCAAAAGUUAGAAUUUCAAUUGCAGGAAUAAUUAUAAGUAGAGGGAGAGAUGCCACACCAUAUUUAGAAAGAAACAGAGUUGGAAGGGAUGCUAUAGAUUCAGCUGCGGCAUUAACAGAUAUGGGUAAAUAUUUAUUUAGAGAAAGAAGAUUACCAGUUUAUGAUAUUGCUGUUGCUAUAACUAAAUACGACAUGUGUCGCCGUAGAAAGGGUGGACGAUGCACAAAAGGAACAGCUGGUUUCGCUUACGUGGGUGGAGCCUGUGUCGUAAAUAAGAGACUGGAAAAAGUAAAUUCUGUAGCCAUAAUUGAAGAUACUGGUGGAUUUAGUGGUAUAAUCGUGGCAGCUCAUGAAGUUGGUCAUUUGCUGGGAGCGGUUCAUGAUGGUAGUCCUCCUCCAUCGUAUCUAGGUGGUCCUGGUGCAGAAAAAUGCCAAUGGACUGAUGGAUUUAUUAUGUCUGAUUUAAGGCAUACAGAAAGAGGAUUUAGAUGGUCAUCAUGUAGUGUAUCUAGUUUUCAUCACUUUUUGAACGGAGAUACGGCAACUUGUUUAUUUAAUUCCCCCCAUGAGGAUGAUAGUCUUCCACGGGUACUUCCAGGAAAACUUCUUACAUUAGAUGCUCAAUGUAGACGAGAUAGAGGAACCAGUGCAUGUUUUAAAGAUGAUAGAGUAUGUGCACAACUAUUUUGCUUUGAUGCUGGAAGUGGCUACUGCGUAGCAUAUAGACCUGCUGCUGAAGGAUCACCAUGCGGUGAUGGACAGUAUUGUCUAAAUGGAAGGUGUGUGGCAGAACAUGAAAACAUCAUUCCGGAUUAUACUCAAAAUACACCAACAUAUAUUAGGAAUGAAAAUCAAGGAAGGCCAUUGUUCAAGGAAGGCGAAGAUGAAUUUACACCUGAAGCGCCAAACUAUAAAAAUAAUUUCAGCGAUUUCAGUACACAGAAUCCAUAUAGUCAGUUUAACUAUUAUCAAAACCAACAAUAUUUUCCAACAAAAACAUCUACACAAAAUCCUUAUUACACUACAAAAUUAUUUAGAAGUUCUAAACCCUUUCAAUAUUUUGCAAUAUCUACCACAAAGUCACCUUAUGAUUUUCACAAUUUUGGUAAACAAAUUUUAAAAAAUAUUCCCAGUCGUAUUUCUACGCAGUCCACUAGCAAUCGCUUUAUUGGAAACUACUAUAAUUUUAGAGGACAAACCACAAAAAGUCCUUAUGAUUUUGCUAACUUUGGAAAACAAACUACAACGAAUUACAAUUUUAAUAAAGAUAUUAAUAACAAUUUUUUAUUAAAACGUUCAUACAGUGAUGAAAGUUAUUAUAGUAAUAGUUUUAAAAAUAAGACAGUCGUAUAAGCUUCGCAAGAUUGAUUUUAAAUGGAUAGGUUAAUUCUUCGGUGCAGUCCUUUUAUUUAUCCAGGAAUACGUGAUUGUGAUUUAGUAAAUAGAUACUAGUGAUUUAAAAACAAUUUAAAUAGCGUAAGCAUAAAAUGAGAAGCACGCUUGCAGUAGCAUAAUUUUGUGUUGUUAUAUUUUAUAGAAUAUCCAAUACUUUAUUUGCAAAUACAAUAAAAUAUAUUAAAUCAGUAAAAUAUUUUGGAUUAAAUUUUAUUAAAAUAAAUUAAAAUGCAAACUUUAGGAUAACUUGAACUAAGGGUACCUUUUUUACGGAAACACGAAUACAUCAAGGUAAUUAGGGUAUACUUACAUGUUAUUAAAAUUUAAUUUUUAUUCUAUAAAAAAAAUAUUUUUGGUUGUACAUUUAUAAGUUCAAAUAAAUACUAAAAUUAGAAUAGUAUAAUAUAAGGUCAUUUGUGGUCAAAGUGAUAGUUAAAUCAAUAAAUUAUUGUAUUAUUUCAGCCAAACACUGAAACAAACAAAUUUUUCCAAUUACAAUUAAUUUUUGUUAAAUACUUCAAAAUUUACAGAUAGUAGGUAAUGAAUCCAUAUCACUUUUUACAAAAAAUACAUUACAAUAAAAAAUAUCUUUUUUAUUUAAUUAUCUAAAUUUGCAACUAAUUUAUUUUAAUUAUAUAAAUAUAUUAUCUUAAAGUAAACAAAUUUGACCGGUCUAAAUUUGCGCUUGACCUGUAAUUAAAAGCCUAAAAUAAAG